GUAACUUUCGGAAUUCACCCUGGCGACGAGAUAAAUGAUUGGAAAGUACGGCUGAACGAAUUGGAGAUUUCAGACAACCAAAAAUCACGUUUUACCGUUGAAUUUCAAGCCAUGAAUCAAAAGUAGUGCAAGGUAAUCUACAAGGGAGAUCCCUUUACUUGACUGCGCGUGGUAAAAAUGGCGGCUCGAGUGAAUGGCCAGCACGGGGGAUCCAGGCCGACCCAGAAUGGCACCAAGCGCAUGUCCAACGGAGUGCCCCGCCUCCCCCCAAUCAACACCCCGGCCAGCGUACUAUCCUCCAGCAACAAAGACUACAGCCAGAGCAAGUUGAUGAAGCACAGACGGGCCAAGGAGAUGCAAGAUUUGCUGACGGAUAUCCUGUACAAGAAUGCCAAGGAGGUGGAAUUAGAUAUUGGGGAUAGUAACAGGAAGAGGCCUCCUACAGCACGGAAUCCAUCCUAUCCAACAUCGAUGAUGAGCAAGGAUCGCAUGCACAGGCAAAACUAUCUCUUCAUGAAGCAAUGCGUGGAGACUAGUCCGGUGACCACCAUGGAGUCGCACUGGUUCCAAGACAUACUGAGUCUGAUCCCGGACCAUCUGACCCAGAAUCCCAACAUGCAGGAGGUUAUUCAGGAGCUGUUUCAGGAAGUAAAGGAUAACUGGACUAGUAGUAUGAAGAAAUCUAUGGUUCAACAUGUCCUCAUCAAGCCAGAGAUCAAGGGAUUGGAAAAUAUCAACAUUGGCGAGCUGCCUGAGGAGCCAGAAGGGUUAGAUUACUCCAGACCAUGGCAUGACAGCUACGUGGAAGCCCGUGAGCUCAUGACUAGGUCCUUACACAUCACACAUCCAUCCAUGCAGACGGUGCUACGACUCUGCCAGAACAGCCUGGGCAGACUCAUCCUGGUUGACCUCAGCGGGCAGAGGUCACAGGGACCGGUGGAGUGUGAACAUCUCAAGAAUAAUGUCAUCUUGGAAUGUGAGAAGAUGGAGGAGAAACAGAUGCACAGUUGGUGGCCGGAGGUCCUCAACGUCUUUGUGGAUCGGAAGAACUUAGCUGACGUCCUCCCUGAGGAGCUAGAUUCAUUCUACAACUGCACCUCCACUCUCAUAUCCAAUCAGUUGAAAGAUCUGAUCGUCCGUUCCAUCGAUGCCUGGGUUGACCUCUUCAACCCCACCGACAAGUCCAACCUCCCCAUCUUCAAGAUGGAACUGACCUACGACAACGAUAAGAUGGAAUUCUACCCCUACUACUCGGACCUAGAGGAGUGUCUUCUCUUUGUGGUCACCCAGCUGACCAAGACGAUGCAGAGUGUGCCCACCGUCCAGUCCUGGCUGUCUGGUACUAAUGACCUCAACAGCAUUGAUGUGGCCAUCGCUGAUCACAUUAUCACUGAAGCUAAGAGGAAGCUCAAGGAGGCCUGCAAGCUCAACUUUGAGGGGCCCAUGGAACACCUACAAUCUUACAUGACGAGAUACGAGUACUUAUGCAACGGUGAGGCACUGAGUCAAGUCCAAGCUUUUAUGGCCCAAGAGCACACGUUUGAGGAAUAUUGCGAGUUGAUUGAAGAAUUCCGCAGUAAAGCAAGGGAGAUCAUGCUACAGGACAGCAUUGUACACUUUGACAUGGUGCGUCUGGAUUGCGAAGAUCUCAAACGGGGGCUGGCUGAAAAGUCCAGGAGUUUUGCAGAUAUGCUGCUGGACAGAAUGGCCUCUGACCACAGGAAAGAAAAUGAGAGCAUCUGCAAUGAGUUUGAGACCAUCAAGGAACGUGCCCUCAAGGUGCCAGAAGACUCGGGCGAGAUGAUGGACAUGAUUGCCUACAUUGAGAAGGCUCGCGUGGAGGGCAUCAAGGCUCUUAACAGUCGCAUCAAUGGUAGUAAACAGAAGAUGAACUAUCUGCUAGAUGUCUACUUCUUCAGCCAGGAGCACAUUGAUCUGAACUGCACUGUCCUGCUCUGGCCUAAGAACAUCCAGCCUGUGUUUGAUGACAAUGAUGAGCUCGUGGAAGCCUCCAAGAGGAAGGGUGAGCGUGAGCUCCUUGAGAAGCGAGAGAAGGUCAUGGUAGAGCUGGAUAAGAUCCGUAAGCGAGUGGCGGAGUUUGCUGAGUACGGUGAGCUGGAUAUGAUGGUGCAGUACGUCAAUGACGUGAGGGCAGUACAGAAGCGCAUCGCUGAGGCAACUGAGACCAUUGGCUUCAUCAACAAGGAAGAGAAGCUAUUCAAGUGGGACGCCACCAUCUACCCAGAGAUAGAUGAGAUCACCGUGGCUAUCGAGCCCUACAUGAAACUCUUCAGUCUGGUUGUCAAAUGGCAGAGAGCGGAGAAAAAAUGGAUGGAUGGUGCCUUUAUGGAGCUAGACUCUGAGUCCAUCGGCAACGAAGCCGACGACUACUGGCGAGACAUCUACAAGACCACCAAGACCUUCUUAGCCCAGAAGAAGAAACGCGAUGCCGAGAAGGCUAAAGCAGCCCCGCCCAAGAAGAAGAGAAUAGGGGCGGACGAAGGGGAGGAGCCUGAGGAGAAAAAGGAGGAGGAGGAGGAGGGUGGGGCUGCUCUCAAGGUCUGCAGCGUGGUACAAGAGCAGAUCAAAGAGUUUCAGGAAAAUAUCCCAACCAUCGCAAUCAUGUGCAACCCAGGCAUCCGUACUCGUCACUGGAGUCAAAUGUCAGACAUUGCUGGCUUCGAUCUGACCCCAGACUCUGGUACAACACUGCGUAAAGUACUCAAGCUUAGUCUGGAUCCGUACAUGGAGAAGUUUGACUCCAUCAGUGCUGCUGCCUCAAAGGAAUACUCCUUGGAGAAGGCCAUGAGCAAGAUGGUAGAGGAAUGGGACCAGGUUCAGUUUAGCCUGACUACGUACCGCGACACAGGAGUCAAGAUCCUAGCCUCGGUGGAUGACAUACAGACCAUGCUGGAUGACCAGAUCGUGAAGACGCAGACCAUGCGUGGCUCACCGUUCAUCAAGCCGUUUGAGAAAGAAAUCAAGGAAUGGGAAGAGAAGUUGCUUCGUGUCCAGGAGACCAUCGACGAAUGGCUGAAGGUUCAAUCCCAGUGGCUGUACCUAGAGCCCAUCUUCAGCUCGGAAGACAUCAUGCAGCAGAUGCCUGAGGAAGGACGCAUGUUCCAAACGGUGGACCGGAACUGGAAGGAAAUCAUGAAACACACCGUCAAGGAUCCGAAGGUUCUAGCAGCGACCUCCUUGACUGGCAUCUUGGAGAAGCUGAUCGACAGCAACAAGUUUCUUGACAACAUCCUGAAGGGUCUGAAUGCGUACCUAGAGAAGAAGAGACUCUUCUUUCCAAGAUUCUUCUUCCUGUCCAACGAUGAGAUGUUGGAGAUCCUCUCCGAGACUAAGGACCCUCUCCGCGUCCAGCCUCACCUCAAAAAGUGCUUUGAGGGUAUCGCUAAGCUGGAGUUCCUACCCAACCUGGACAUUGUGUCCAUGUUCAGUAGUGAGGGAGAGAAAGUCAAGAUGACUUCGGUCAUCUCCACCACCGAGGCUCGAGGGGCCGUAGAGAAAUGGCUGCUUCAAGUCCAAGAUGUCAUGCUGGUCAGUGUGAAGGACGUCAUUGAGAAAUCACAUCAGGCUUAUGCCAUCGAAGCUCGUGAGGACUGGGUCCAGGAAUGGCCGGGCCAAGUCGUCCUCUGCGUCUCCCAGAUCUACUGGACGGCUGAGGUCCACGAAGCCAUCCAAGGUGGGCCCCAAGGACUCAGGGACUAUUACGACAAACUUGAGAGUCAGCUGCAGGAUAUAGUGGCCCUGGUCAGGGGCAAACUGUCCAAGCAGACUCGUAUUACCAUGGGGGCGCUGGUGACUAUUGAUGUGCACGCCCGGGAUGUGGUCUUGGAUAUGGCAGAGAAAGGUGUGGAGAAUGAGAAUGAUUUCAACUGGCUUGCCCAGUUGCGCUAUUACUGGGAGAAUAACACCGUCAUGGUGCGCAUCACCAACUCACUGGUCAAGUACGCCUAUGAAUACCUCGGCAAUUCUUUCAGGUUGGUCAUCACCCCUCUGACUGAUCGCUGCUACCGUACCCUAGUAGGUGCCUACCAUCUCAACCUAGGAGGAGCCCCUGAAGGUCCAGCAGGCACCGGCAAGACAGAAACCACCAAGGACUUAGCCAAAGCCUUAGCCGUCCAGUGUGUGGUCUUCAACUGCUCGGACGGCUUGGACUACCUAGCCAUGGGGAAGUUCUUCAAGGGGUUAGCCUCCUCGGGAGCCUGGGCUUGCUUUGAUGAGUUCAACCGUAUCGAGUUGGAGGUGUUGUCUGUGGUAGCCCAGCAGAUUCUCUGCAUCCAGCGUGCCGUCAUGACCCAUCAGGAGACGUUUCUCUUUGAGGGUACUGAGCUGGUUCUGAGGGAUACCUGCUUUGUGGCUAUCACGAUGAAUCCUGGGUACGCCGGACGCUCGGAGCUUCCCGAUAAUCUCAAGGUGCUGUUCCGCACAGUGGCUAUGAUGGUACCAGACUACGCCAUGAUCGGUGAGAUCAUGUUAUACUCUUAUGGCUUCGUAGAUGCUCGUAACCUCUCUGUCAAGAUUGUCACUACGUAUCGUCUCUGCUCGGAGCAGCUGUCGUCCCAGUUUCACUACGAUUACGGGAUGCGUGCUGUCAAGGCUGUGCUGGCUGCUGCUGGUAACUUGAAACUCAAGUUCCCUGACGAGAGUGAAGACAUUCUGUUGCUACGUUCCAUCAUCGAUGUCAACCUUCCCAAGUUCUUAUCCCACGACAUCCCCUUAUUUGAAGGCAUCAUCUCCGAUCUCUUCCCCGGCGUGGUCCUCCCUAAGGCUGACUAUCAGGUCUUCAUGAAUGCCGUGGAGGAGGUGUGUGCCAAGAGAAACCUGCAGUGCGUGGACGCCUUCAGGGAGAAGCUCAUACAGACAUAUGAGAUGAUGAUCGUCAGACACGGUUUCAUGUUGGUAGGUGAGCCGUUUGCAGGCAAGACAGAGGUUCUCCACGUCUUAGCUGACGCCUUGACCCUCCUGAAUGAGAAGGGUCUGAAUGAGGAAGAGAAAGCCUUGUAUCGUACCGUCAACCCUAAGGCUAUCACUAUGGGUCAGCUCUUUGGACAGUUUGAUCCUGUCUCACAUGAGUGGACGGAUGGAGUGGUAGCCAACACUUUCCGUGAGUUUGCCUCCACCGACACCCCCGACCGUAAGUGGGUGAUCUUUGACGGCCCUAUCGACACUCUAUGGAUUGAGAGUAUGAAUACUGUACUAGAUGACAACAAGAAACUAUGUCUGAUGAGUGGGGAGAUUAUACAGAUGUCCAACUGCAUGAGUCUCAUCUUUGAGUGCAUGGAUUUGUCCCAGGCAUCGCCUGCCACUGUCAGUCGCUGUGGUAUGAUCUACCUGGAGCCGUCUAACCUUGGCUGGCGACCCGUCUUCCGAUCAUGGCUCAACGAUCUCCCGGAGACUCUGAAGAAGGAGGAGCCUUUGUUCAUCGCGCUUUUUGAUUGGCUACUGGAGCCGUCCAUUGACUUUGUGCAUCGGCACACAAAGGAAUAUGUCCCCACCACCACUAACAACUUUGCCAGAUCAUUGAUGUACUUUGUCAACAUGUUCUUGGCCGACAACAUGAAACCAGAGACUGACCUCAAGCAUCUUAGACCCUGGAUUAUCUCCACAGUAUUCUUCUCCCUGGUGUGGUCCGUGGGUGCCGUGGUGGAUACCGACGGUAGGGCCAAGUUUGAUGAAUUCCUGCGAGACAUCCUGUCAGGAAAGAACGAGGAACACCCUUACCCUGGUGAAGUUGGCAACAAACUGGACGUACCAUUUCCCACCGAGGGGCUGGUCUAUGACUACAUGUAUGAUUUCAAAGCUCGAGGCAAGUGGAUCCAUUGGAAUGACACAAUCAAAGGCUCCAGUAUCAGUGAAGGACGCAAAGUGCAGGAGAUUAUCGUUCCUACCAUGGACACAGCACGCUAUACGUACCUCAUGGAUAUUGCCAUUAGACACAAGAGAGCCAUCAUGUUUGUAGGACCCACCGGCACAGGCAAAAGUGUGUACGUCAAGGAUAAACUGAUGAAUAAUCUCUCUAAGGAGGAGUUCCUACCGCUCUUCAUUAACUUCUCGGCCCAGACCAGCGCCGGCCAGACACAGGAUAUCAUCAUGUCCAAGCUUGACAAGCGACGUAAGGGAGUCUUCGGUCCUCCCAUGGGUAAACGCUCCGUCAUCUUUGUGGAUGAUCUCAACAUGCCAGCUAGAGAAGUGUAUGGCGCCCAGCCUCCCAUUGAACUCCUCAGACAGUUCUUUGAUCAUGGAAACUGGUACGACAAGAAAGACACCACCAAGAUUGUCUUGACUGACGUUCAGUUCCUGACGGCCAUGGGUCCCCCUGGCGGAGGUCGGAACCCAGUCACCUCAAGGUUCUUACGUCACUUCAACAUCAUCGGUAUCACUCCCUUCAAUGAUGAAACCAUGCAGCGUAUCUUUAGCACUAUUGUCAGCUACUAUCUCAGGGCCAACGAUUUUGGCCCCGACUACUUCACCGGUGGCAACCAGGUAGUAGCCGGCACCAUGGAGGUCUACAAGCAAGCCAUGGCCAACCUCCUGCCCACCCCGGCCAAGUCUCACUACACCUUCAACCUGCGAGACUUUGCCCGCGUCAUCAUGGGCGUCCUGCUGAUCAAGAAGCAAGCCGUGGAGAACAAGAGGUCCUUCACUAGGCUCUGGGUGCAUGAGGUCUUCAGGGUCUUCUAUGAUCGGCUGGUGGAGGAUAACGAUAGACUGUGGCUCUUCAACAUUACAAAGACUCUGGUCAAGGACGUAUUCAAGGACAGUUUUGAUACCGUCUUUGAGCACCUAGCCAAGGACGGCCGUGCCGUCUGUGAAGACGACAUGCGUAGUCUCAUGUUUGGUGAUUACAUGAACGUAGACGCGGAGCCUGAGGAUAAGAUCUAUGAGGAAGUCAAGUCUGUCGAGGAGUUUAACCAGGUGGUGGAGACGGGAUUGGAGGAAUACAAUAAUACUCACAAGACAGGGAUGAAUCUUGUCAUAUUUAGAUAUGUCUUGGAGCAUUUGUCUCGCAUCAGUCGUGUCUUGAAGCAGCCUGGAGGUAACGCCAUGUUAGUCGGUGUGGGUGGAAGCGGACGUCAGUCCCUGACUAGACUGGCCACCAGUAUGGCAGGCUUUCAUCUCUUCCAGCCGGAGAUCUCUAAGAGCUACGGCAAGAAUGAGUGGCGAGAGGAUCUUAAGACUCUUCUCAAGAAUGCCGGAGCCUUUGGUAAGACCACGGUCUUCCUGAUCACAGACACACAGAUCAAGGAGGAGUCCUUCCUUGAAGACAUUGACAAUCUCUUGAACACUGGAGAAGUGCCCAACCUGUACGCUGUGGAUGAGAAACAAGAAAUCAUGGAGGCUGUCCGACCUAUCGCCCAGGCCGGUGACAAAAAUGCCGACUUCAGUCCCCUGGCCUUAUUUGCCUUCUUUGUCAACCGAUGUCGGGAGAACCUUCACAUCAUCAUUGCCUUCUCUCCCAUCGGUGACGCCUUCCGCAAUCGUCUUCGUCAGUUCCCGUCCCUCAUCAACUGUUGCACCAUUGACUGGUUCCAGGCGUGGCCAGAGGAUGCCUUGACCAGGGUGGCCAACAAGUUUCUUGAGACGGUCGAGAUGGAGGAAGACGAGAGGAAGGAGGUGGUUGACAUCUGUAAACACUUCCACACCAGCGCUAGGAACCUCUCAGAAAGUUUCCUGGAGGAGCUGGGUCGUCACAACUAUGUGACCCCUACCUCCUACCUGGAGCUGAUCUCCGCCUUCAAGACGCUGCUGGGUAAGAAGCGAGAUGAGACCAUGAAGGCCAAACGACGCUACGUGGUGGGUUUAGAGAAACUAGCGUUUGCUGAGUCUCAGGUUGGAUCUAUGCAGAUUGAACUCAAGGAACUACAGCCUCAGCUGGUGGUGGCUGCCGACGAAAACCAGAAAAUGAUGGUGAUCAUUGAGAAGGAAUCGGUUGAAGUAGCAGCAACCAGCGAGGUGGUACGUAAGGAGGAAGAGGCAGCUAACAUCCAGGCAGCCUCAGCCCAAGCCUUGAAGGAUGAAUGCGAGAGUGAGCUAGCUGAAGCCAUCCCGGCACUGGAAGCGGCUCUAGCUGCCCUCAAUACACUCAAGCCUGCAGAUAUUGCCGUGGUCAAGACCAUGAAGAACCCACCCUCUGGCGUCAAGCUGGUCAUGGCAGCCGUCUGCGUCAUGAGAGACAUCAAACCGGAGAAGAUUAAUGACCCAGCCGGCACAGGAGGCAAGAUCCUGGACUACUGGGGUCCUUCCAAGAAACUGGUUGGGGACAUGAACUUCUUGAACUUGCUCAAGACCUACGACAGGGACAACAUUGCUCCUCACAUUACCAAAAAGAUCCGCGCGGAUUUCAUCCCUAACCCAGAGUUUGACCCAGUCAAGGUAGCCAAAGCCUCAUCGGCUGCCGAGGGUCUGUGUAAGUGGGUCUUAGCCAUGGAGGUCUAUGACCGGGUGGCUAAAGUCGUAGCCCCAAAGAAGGAGAAACUGAAAGAGGCUGAGGCUGACCUGAGCGAGACCAUGACUCUCCUCAAUGCUAAGAGAUCAGAGUUGCGUGCUGUGGAGGAACGGCUGGCUAAUCUGAAGCAGCAAUUCAAAGACAUGACAGACAAGAAGGAGCAGCUGGAGCAGCAAGUAGACCUGUGUGCCAAGAAACUGGACCGAGCGGAGAAGCUGAUUGGUGGUCUAGGAGGAGAGAAGGACAGAUGGACCAUGGCCGCGGCCGAUCUGCAAAACAUCUACGACAACUUGAUGGGUGAUGUCUUAAUCUCAUCUGGAGUUAUCGCCUACCUGGGUGCCUUCACCUCAGCGUUCCGAUUCAGAUGUACCAGCGACUGGACCAAACUAUGCACAACCAAGAAGAUUCCAUGUUCGGAUGAGUUCUCGUUGAGUAAGACCCUUGGUGAGCCAAUCAAGAUCAGAGCGUGGAAUAUCGCUGGGCUGCCUACCGAUGCCUUCUCAGUAGACAAUGGUGUCAUCGUGGACAACUCCAGAAGAUGGCCGUUGAUGAUUGACCCCCAGGGUCAAGCCAACAAGUGGGUCAAGAACUCGGAGAAGGACAGCAACCUAUCAGUCAUCAAACUGACCGAUAACGACUACAUGCGCAUACUGGAGAACUGUCUGCAGUUUGGCACGCCGUUGCUGCUGGAGAACGUAGGGGAAGAAUUGGACCCAUCGCUGGAGCCUCUGCUGCUUAAACAGACCUUCAAGCAAGGUGGUGUUGAGUGUAUCCGUCUUGGAGAGAACGUGAUUGAAUACUCGCAGGACUUCCGCUUCUACAUCACCACCAAGCUGCGUAACCCUCACUACCUCCCUGAGGUAGCCACCAAGGUCUCCUUGCUCAACUUCAUGAUUACGCAGGACGGGUUGGAAGACCAGCUAUUGGGGAUUGUGGUGGCCAAGGAAAGACCAGAGCUUGAGGAGGAGCGACAGGCCAUGGUCCUCCAGAGCGCAGCCAACAAGAGACAGCUCAAGGAGAUUGAAGAUAAGAUCUUAGAGACGCUGUCCUCCUCCGAGGGGAACAUCUUGGAGGAUGAGAGUGCGAUCCGCAUCUUAGAUUCCUCUAAGGUUCUCUCGGAUGAAAUCUCCAAGAAGCAGAAGAUUGCAGAAGAGACGGAGAAGAAACUGAACGAGUCGCGAGCCGGCUACCGUCCCAUCGCCAAACACUCCAGUGUCUUAUUCUUCAGCAUUGCCGAUCUGCCUAACAUCGACCCCAUGUACCAAUACUCACUGAUGUGGUUUGUCAAUCUCUACAUCAACUCCAUCCAUGACAGCAAUAAGUCCAAGAUUCUUGAGAAGCGGCUGCGUUACCUAUCAGACCACUUCACCUACAACCUGUACUGCAACGUCUGUAGGUCCCUCUUUGAGAAGGAUAAACUCCUCUUCUCCUUCAUCCUCUGCACAAAUAUCCUCAUUGCGGAGGCUGAACAGCAUGCGGAUAAGAAGGAGAUGGACCAGGAGGAAUUCAUGUUCUUCCUGACCGGCGGCGUGGGUCUAGACAAUAAACUAGAGAACCCAGACCCCUCCUGGCUGUCAGAUAGAAGCUGGGAUGAGAUCUGUCGUAUGUCUGACCGUCAAGCCUACAAAGGAUUCAGGGAUCACUUCCAUGACCACCUGGAGGAUUGGAGAUCAUUGUACAACAGCAAGGAGCCCCACAAAGAGACCUUCCCCGCCCCCUGGAAUGAGAAGCUCUCAGAUUUCCAGAAGGCUAUUGUCAUCAGAUGUCUCAGACCAGAUAAGGUUGGGCCGCUGGUCACCGACUUCGUCAUCAGUAAGCUAGGUCAGAAGUUCGUCCAGCCUCCACCCUUUGACCUCGCCAAGAGUUUUGUAGACUCCCACUCCUGCGCCCCUCUCAUCUUUGUCCUGUCUCCUGGGGCUGACCCCAUGGCUGCACUGCUCAAGUUUGCCGGCGACAAAGGGUUCAGUGGGGAGAAAUUCAACGCCAUAUCCCUGGGACAGGGACAGGGUCCAGUUGCAGCUAAGCUAAUCGAGGCAGCCAGACAAGACGGUACGUGGGUGGUGCUACAGAACUGUCACUUAGCUGUCUCCUGGAUGACAGCCUUAGAGAAACUGUGUGAGGAGUUUACUCCUGAGACAGUUACUGCUGACUUCAGACUCUGGCUGACUAGCUACCCAUCCGACAAGUUCCCGGUGACUGUGCUUCAGAAUGGCGUCAAGAUGACCAACGAACCACCCACGGGAUUGAGGAUGAACAUGCUACAGUCUUACAUCAGUGAUCCUAUCAGUGAUGAAGAGUUCUUUGCUUCUUGCCCUGGGAAGGAGGCGGCCUGGGAGAAGUUGCUAUUUGGGAUGUGUUUCUUCCACGCUCUGGUACAAGAACGGCGCAAGUUUGGCCCCCUGGGCUGGAACAUCCCCUAUGGUUUCAAUGAGUCGGAUCUCCGCAUUAGCAUCAGGCAGCUACAGAUGUUUGUCAAUGACUACGAUGAGGUACAGUAUGAUGCUGUCUCCUACCUGACCGGUGAGUGUAACUACGGUGGUCGUGUGACCGACGACCGAGAUCGUCGCUGCUUGCUCACCAUCCUGGCUGAUUUCAUCACUCCUAAGAUCGUCAAGGAUUCCAAGUACAAGUUCUCCCCUAGCGGCAACUACUACGCUCCACCCAAGAGCUCAUAUGAAGAGUACCUGGACUUCAUUAAGAGUCUACCUCUAUCCCAAGAGCCAGAGAUCUUUGGCAUGCAUGAGAACGUAGACAUCUCCAAGUCACUUCAGGAGACCAAGCAGAUCUUUGAUUCCAUCCUGGUGACCCAGGGAGGCAGGGCCAGCGCUGGGGGAGGCAAGACAGACGACGUGCUGUACGAGAUCGCACAGGAUGUCCUGUCUAAGUUGCCGAAGGACUAUGAUUUGGAGGCAGCACUGAAGAAGUUCCCGGUCGUGUACAAUGAGAGCAUGAACACUGUCUUGGUGCAGGAGAUGGAACGAUUCAACAAUCUGAUGCGAACCAUCCGUACGAGUCUACAGAACCUACAGAAAGCCAUCAAGGGUCUCGUGGUCAUGUCCUCGGAGCUGGAAGCCGUGGGCAGUAACCUCCUCAUUGGCAAGGUGCCAGAGAUGUGGUCCAAGCGUUCCUACUCCACCCUGAAACCUCUCGGCAGCUACAUCACAGACUUCUUAGCACGGCUCAAGUUCCUUCAAGAUUGGUACGAUAGCAACAAACCAGACAUCUUCUGGCUGUCAGGGUUUUUCUUCACUCAAGCCUUCCUGACAGGAGCUAUGCAGAACUACGCUAGGAAGUACACUAUCCCCAUCGAUAAGUGCGGAUUUCAGUUUGAGGUCUUGCCUUGCGAGACAGUAGACAAGCCACCAGAGGACGGUGUGUACGUCAACGGUCUGUUCCUGGAUGGAGCUCGCUGGGACAGAAAGAAGGGACUUCUUGCCGAGUCCAUGCCAAAGGUCCUGUUUGAUCCGGUUCCAGUCAUAUGGGUCAAACCAGGUAAGAAACUAGACUUCAAGCCCAAAGCCGACUACGUCUGUCCCUUGUACAAAACCAGUGAGCGUCGAGGCACGCUGUCAACAACCGGUCACUCCACUAACUUUGUCCUUCCCAUGGACCUCCCAACCGAUAAACCAGUUCAGCACUGGAUUAAGAGAGGUGUGGCCCUGCUCUGCCAGCUGGACGACUAGGGUUGAUCAUUUAGUUAAUCAACUAGUUGUGGAUUGAUAGUUAUAAUCUUAGCUUGAGGGCUUGUGUACAUAAAUGAGUUAACCAGUUUGGACUUUUUGUAACAAUGUGGAUUUACAGUGGAGUGCUCUGCUAAACUGGUUUAAAUGAGGUUGGGUUUAAAUAACCAAGAUAAUCUGGUUAUUAGUAGUAACUAGUAGCAAGUUAAACACUAGUUGGAGGUUGUAUAUAGUUGGUUUAAUGUUGCUUAUCUGUACAUAUGUUGCUAACAUUAUGGUAUUGACGUUGUGUCGUGUGUAUUUCUGAUGAAUUAUUUCAAUUGUGAAGACUUCAUAGAUUUAACACCUUCCAUUUCUUUCUGACAAAUAUUUACAGAAAUGAGAUUUCACGAUUGAUGGCUUAUAUUUUUCAGCUGUAUAUUGUUUUAUUUCAUUAUGUUGUUAUUUCUGUUGGAGUUGUGUUUUUGUUCAACGGAUGUAAUUAAAUUAUAUAAUAUGCUUUGCCCAAGGAAGAAAAUUGCAGAUGUAUAUCUGGACCAAAGUAUUUUUUAGAAAUGAUCAAUUCUUCAAUAUGUUUGCCUUACAAUUUCAGGUUGUGCCUUAAUUAAAAAAAAAAAUGAGCUUGUCAUGUACACGUGUAUGUAAAGUCGCAUUUACAAAUAAGAGUUUUAAAUCGGUAUGGAGAAAUGUUAAUAAUAAAUAGUGCACUUGAUACUUAAGAUUCAAUGGUUUUUGCAGUUACACGAUAGUUAGGGCAAGAAUGAAUAUUUGUUGAAGUUUUAUUUUACUUGCAGUCGCAAAAGUACAUCCACACUUAAACAAAUACAUGACUUAAGAACACAUCCGUCCAAAAUUUGUAUUUAAGUUCUGUCUUUAAGUAUAUAAGAUGAAAGUUUGUUUAAAUGAAUUUGUUUGUUUAAUACCGUCCAGAAAAUGGAACAUUUAAUUUGAUUUAAGACAUUAAAAUUAGAUGUGAAUUUUGAAAAUUGAGUUUUCAAGACUUGUAAAGUUGGAUAUUGUAAAUAUUUGUAUUUCUCGAAUUCAAACAGGCGUCCAAACUUUGAAAGGUUAUGAAUAUUGAAUAGGUAUUUUUAAAUGUAUAUUUUUAAAUUGAAGAAUAUUGAAUAUGAAGUUCAAAUCAUAAGAUAAUAUAGUGUUGACGAAAAAUUCCGUCCUGAAGCAUUUUGUAUUUGAAAAACAAGUUUCCGUCCAUAUAUCCAGAGUAUAAUUGGUGUAUUCUUUAUAGUAAUGUUUUAUCUGGAUUUAACGUGAAUCUUAACAUUCCAUGUAUACUGUGUGAAAACUGUAACAUCUUAAAAUAUUGCAGUGGAUAAACUAAGGUUCAUUUUGUGUAUAUUUUUUCACUGUUUUUAUUGGAUUAAUAAAUUUGUUGUUGACAACCCAC